AUGCCACUACGAUCACAGCAUUCCACGCGUCGUAUAGAGUCGUCGUUCCCACACUCUCUCGUUGCCCUCUUUCUCCUGGCCUUUCCUCAUCUCUCCGCUGCAGCGGGCGUAAUCAUCUACCCAUGGGAUAAAGGCCCUUUGAGCGCCAACAGCUACGGCGCCGUUCGCACGACCUGGGGUUCCAAUGACUGCGUUAAUAUGUCAUGGACCUCGUCAACAUCAACCCCGUCCCAGAGCCUUCAUCUCGAAUGCAACCAGGGCCCUAACGGUACCGCCCCUCCCUGGACUCGGGUCUGGACCUUCAACUCGACCGCCAGCUCUGGCAACGGCUCCAACCUCUUCUGCGUCGCCAACUGCAACCCGCCGCCGCCUGUGAGCAAUACGUGCCGUUUUGUGCUGGACAUUGCCUUCGUUUCAGGCGAGUCGUCGACCGACACGGCAUAUUCCCCGGAUGUCAGCCUGAAUAUUAUUGACCGGAAGACGGGCGAAAGCACGACAUAUCCGCUACCGCAGUGGACAGCCACGGGAACUGUAACAACAUCAACAUCAACCUCAACGGCAAGCGUAAGCGCCUCUACGACAAUUGCUUCUCCUUCUUCCUCGUCAAACUCCGCUUCCAGUCUUAGCACUAGCGCCAAAGCUGGCAUCGGCGUCGGUGUCGGCGUCGUCGGUGUUAUACUCAUCGCUUGUCUCGGAAUCUUCUUACACAGACGGAGAAUGACCCGAAUCGCGGGGACGACGCCAAGUUCUGUCGAGGCCGCAAAGUACAACGAGAAGAAUACAGAGCCGUCGAAGCCCACGCCGCAGGAGUUGGAUGAGACCGCCAGGCCUGUAGAAUUGCCUGCCAAUUCGAGGUGA